AUGUGCCAGCGCCGUGGGUUCUGGCCUUUGGCUGUGGCUGUCUGUCUCGCCUUCGCCGAUGCACAGUCUUCAGUUCCUGUUGCGACUGACCCGAUCCUGGUGACGGCAACGGUGCCAACAGUACUGCCAUCGUUGGUCACGGUCUAUUCUGUCGUCCCUGCAACCGAUGCAGCGCCCAACCAAGUGACGACUAUCACGACAACGAUCGAUGGCAUCGCGACAACUGUUACCUCAGCGGCCGUCGUUGCCGGCUCUGUCACUAGCACUAUCAUCUCGACCAUCUCUGUCACAACGAGUCAAGUUAUUGUCAGUACCGUUGGCUAUUCAACAAUCUAUGGUCCAGAGCCAUCCACAGCCGCUGUCCCUGGCAUAUCUGAGACAGCUAUAUCUACCUCGGCAGCAUCUGCGACGACUGCACCGACUCCUUCAGAGCCAGUGUUGCCGACCUCUUCUUCCGACCACACCACUGGCCUUACAGCUUUUACUACCUCGUCUGCGGCCGCGACUUCUUCGAGGAGUUCGUCCAGUGCAUCCACCGCUGGUGCCCACAAUUCGGCAGCGACAUCGACCCCUUCGUCUCACAAUGGGGGGCUUUCCACCGGUGCGAAAGCCGGAAUUGGCGUUGCGGUUGCCCUGCUAGUCAUUCUGUUGGUUGUUCUAUCCUUCUUCCUGGGCCAGCGUUAUACGCGUCGUCGCAACAAUCUCCCCAGAGCCACGCCAGAUGAGGUUUCUGUCGAUGAAAAGGACACGUUCCAAGCCGGACGUCCUUACGAAACCACUGGCCCUCACGCCGCUUCGUCUUUACACGCUACUGGUAAAACCCCUGCCUAUUCCACAAAUACUACAGCAAUCGGGAGCGGCUCCCCCCCUGUAAGUGGGCGCUCCUACGACAACCCAGGUUCACCUCCACCGGACAAUCGUUACGAAGAUUCGGAACUAUCAGCUCUUCCACCAAUCACAAACGAAGACAACCAAAUGUAUGUCGGGGUCCCUGCCCAUAUGUCAGGCUCGAAACGUUGGAGUAUGAAAGAAUUCAUGAAGUGA